AUAAUAGGAGCACAAUACAAAGAUAAUAUUUUAUAUAUACAUACAUAUAUAGUAAUGCAAUGACCAUCUGUGGCCCUACACGUGGCAACUGCUACCGACACUUUGAUUCUGAUUGGGAAAGAUCUCCGUAAAUUCCAUCCCACUGAAAUAGCGGAAGCAUUUUCUGAAAACACCAUGACCGAUGGUGGCGGCUCGCAUCUUAUCUCCGCCGUAUGCGGUGGCGACGAUGAUCAAGAAUCCUCUUCCGCCCUACUGUCUCAUACCCAACUAGAAAGAAAUAAAGAAGAAGAAGACGAUAUUGAUAAGCCUAUCAACGGGAUCGCCGACUUCGCCGGAAUAUUCCUUACCGAGUCAAAGAAGCUAUGGUACCUCGCCGCUCCGGCAAUCUUCACCUCCUUCUGCCAGUACGGCCUCAUCACCAUCACCCAAAUCUUCGCCGGCCACCUCGGCACCACCCAACUAGCCGCCGUCUCCGUACAAAACUCCAUCAUUUCCGGCUUCCCCUUCGGCAUGAUGUAUGGAAUGUCGAGUGCACUGGAAACAUACUGUGGGCAAGCAUACGGAGCAAACCAGCACGAAUUACUAGGGAUCUACAUGCAAAAAUCAUGGAUUAUCCUAACUUCCAUGGCGGUUGCAGCACUUCCUCUCUUCAUAUUCGCCGCCCCAGUUCUCCAAUUUCUCGGACAAACGGAAUCAAUAUCAACCGCCGCGGGGAAUUUCUCUCUGUGGAUGAUCCCACAGCAGUUCGCGUACGCCCUAAUGCUCCCGUCCACCAAGUUCUUGCUUGCUCAGAGCAAAACCCUAGCCAUUGCUGUAAUAGCUGCACUCGCGCUUUGCCUUCACGCGCUUUUCAGCUGGCUAUUGAUUACGUAUCUUGGAUGGGGACUCGUCGGUGGGGCCAUUCUACUCGACGGCGCGUGGUGGUUCAUCGCCGUCGCUCAGUUCUUGUACAUCGUGGCUGGCUACUGUGGUGAAACUUGGUCCGGUUUUUCGUGGGUCGCUUUCCGAGAUUUGUGGAGCUUUUGUAAGAUUUCUGUUGCCUCUGCUGUCAUGAUGUGCUUGGAAGUAUGGUAUGUUAUGGCUCUGACUCUGUUUGCUGGAUUCUUGGAAGAUGCUGAGGUUUCAAUUGAUGCAUUGUCCACACGCAUAAACAUACUAGGUUGGGCAUGCACAGUCGCUAUUGGAUUGAACGUCGCCUCAAGUGUGAGAGUGUCGAACGAGCUAGGCUCACGGCACCCGAAAAAGGCGAGAUUGUCGGUGAUAGUAAGCGGGUCCACUUCACUAAUCAUAGGCCUAAUCUUCAGCCUUGUUCUCAUAGUUUCUAGAAACAAGUACCCCGCAAUAUUUUCCGGCAGUUCGGAAGUUAGGCGUCUCGUUGAAAAACUCACACCGUUACUUGGGAUUAGCAUAGUCUUAACAAAUGUUCAGUAUAAUCUCUCAGGAGUGGCAAUCGGGGCAGGGUGGCAAGUUUCGGUUGCGUAUAUGAGCAGCGGAUGCUAUUUUUUAUUUGGUGUUCCGUUUGGUGUUUUGAUGGCGUACAAGUUUCAAAUGGGAGUCCAGGGGAUUUGGUAUGGAAUGGUGUUGGGAUUAGCGCUGCAGACUUUUUUCUUGCUAUGGAUGAUACGUAUCGCAAACUGGAACAAAGAGUCUUAUGCAGCUGAAGAGAGAUUACGACAGUGCCGAGGCGAAACAUGUCCGGAAAACGAGACCGGUUAAAAAGGAAAAAAAAACAUAUUAAAAAGUAAAUAAUUAAGGGGCAAAAUAGAUGUUUUGUAUGUUUGAUCUUCCGAAAAAAACUCUGUUUUUAACGGAGGCGGAGGAAUCAAGAAAAUCGAAAAAUAUUUGGAUUAAUUAAAUUCUCUAUCAGCUGGAAUACAGCUAAAAAACAAUAAAGCCCUACAAUGAAACAACAAAAAAAACAAAAGAAAUGGAUUUCUUUUUAGCCCGAGUUAAAAAUUAAAAUCUCGAAGUUAUUACACAGCUGUCACAGCAUAGCUCCGUAAGAAAUGAUGUGGUCGUGUUUCGGAUCAAGUACUACUCCGGUGCCAGAAAAUGCGUCAAAAUCGAGAAACGAAGCUGUUUCGUUUAGUGUGAGCGCUCAGUUAAAGGAUAGUACGGUUAGAAUAGUGCAUGCAGGUGGUCGAGUUGAAAUGUACCACGAGGCGAUUCCUGCUUCUAGAAUGAUCCGGAAGUAUCCAGGUACGUUUGUGGCGAGGCCUAGUGUGUUCAAGCGGCCCCACGAGUCACUUUUAUCGGCCGACGAUGUGUUGUUGCCUGGUAAUAAGUAUUUUAUUAUUCGGUCGACGACAGUGGAGAAGUUGAAGCGUAGGCAUGAACGAAAAUCGAGAGGCGAUUGCGAUGAGAUUGAGGAAGUGUCUGUUUGUUCUUCGGGGGAGUUUUUUGUGCCCGAGGAGAAUUGGUCGGUUUUACGGAAACAUGCGAAAGGGAAAGGGAAAGAGAAGAGACAAUUUGUGCCUCCGAUUCAGAGGCCUCGGAUUUGGAGGGAACACGAGUGGGAGCCGAGUUUGAAUUCAAUUCAAGAGGUUUCUCCGUGAUUACGAGAAAUGUUUUCUUUGAUUCUUCGGUCCCUUUUUUUCAUGGCUUUAAUUGGGAAUCCGGUUAAUAUUUUGUUCUUCGUUUUUUUUCCCUCCCUUUUUAGUAUUGGAAUUUUGCUUUAACUUUGAGAUUUUUAUGUUUAAAUUUUGUGUUUUGCAUUUUCUUGAUGAUGAUGCUCCUCGGGGAUUUUGUUCUUACGAA